GUGAAGGCUACAAGAAGAUCAGCAAAGCUUUUCUUAUCAAUCAGAAUACAGUAGCAAAAGUGAUACAAAAAUUUAACAAAGAUGGAACCGCAACUGUCUCACAGAGACAUUGAGGCCAUCCACGGAAGUUAACACCUUGGAGUGUCUUCUGAUGAGAAGGGUUGAAGAAAAUUGCCAUGCAAGUUUACUGCAGUUAGCUAAAGAAGUAGAAAGCCAAACUAGGGUGAUUGUUUCCCAUGACACAAUAUGGCGUACACUGCAGAGGAAUGGCAUGCAUGUGUGUGGAACAAAGAAGGAAGCCUCUCCUAAAGUCCAUGCACAAAAAGCCCGGCUAGAAUUUGCCAGGGCCCAUGUUGAAAAAGUAUAGACUACUGGGACUCUGUACUCUGGAG